AUGGCUAGAGAAAUUACCGACAUCAAGCAGUUCGUUGAAUUGGCUAGAAGAGCCGACGUCAAGGUUGCUACCAUCAAGACCAACACGAAACUGAACGCCAACGGUAAGAAAUUCAAGCAGACCAAGUUCAAGGUCAGAGGCUCCAAGUACCUGUACACCUUGAUUGUGAAUGACGCUACCAAGGCCAAGAAGCUGAUCCAAUCCCUCCCACCAACCUUGAAGGUGACUGACAUUUAA